AUGGGCAUGAAGGCAGUUCACUUCGGCGGUGGUAACAUCGGCCGUGGCUUUGUGGCCGAGUUCCUCCACACGGCCGGUUAUGAGGUAGUGUUUGUUGAUGUCAUGGACAAGAUCAUCAAUGAACUGCAAAAUACCAAGUCCUACCAGGUCACCGAGGUCAGUGAGGAGGGCGAGACCACCAAGACCAUCACCAACUAUCGUGCCAUCAACUCCAAGACCCAUGAGCAAGACGUCAUCCAGGAGAUCUCCACCGCCGACGUUGUCACCUGUGCCGUGGGCCCCAAUAUCCUCAAGUUCAUCGCUCCCGUCAUUGCCAAGGGUAUCGACAUCCGCUCCACUCCCAAGCCACUGGCUGUGAUUGCCUGUGAGAACGCCAUCGGUGCCACCGACACCCUGCGCGGUCACAUCGAGUCCCACACGGAUUCGGAGCGUUUGAAGACCAUGGGUGAGCGUGCGCAGUAUGCCAACUCGGCCAUUGACCGCAUCGUCCCCGCUCAGCCCCCCAACAGCGGCCUCAACGUGCGCAUUGAGAAGUUCUAUGAGUGGGCCGUCGAGAAGACACCCUUUGGCAGUGUGGGUCACCCCGACAUCCCGGCCAUCCACUGGGUCGACAACCUGGAGCCCUACAUUGAGCGCAAGCUGUUCACUGUCAACACCAGCCACGCCACAGCCGCCUACUACGGUCGCUACGCGGGCAAGAAGACCAUCGCCGAGGCCAUGCAAGACUCGUACAUCCGCGGGGUCGUUCGUGAUGUGCUCAAGGAGACCGCCUCCUUGAUCGUCGACAAGCACGGUAUUGACGCCCAGGAGCAGCAAGACUACGUCGACACCAUCGUGGCUCGAAUCUCCAACCCCUACCUGGAGGACAGCGUCGAGCGUGUCGGUCGUGCCCCCGUGCGCAAGCUGAGCCGCAAGGAGCGCUUCAUCGGACCAGCUUCCCAGUUGGCGGAGCGAGGCAUGAAGUACGACGCGCUACUGGGGUCCGUGGAGAUGGCUCUUCGUUUCCAAAACGUCCCGGAUGACCAGGAGAGCGUCGAGUUGGCCACCAUUCUCAAGGAGAACUCGCCCGCCGACGCCACGGUCCAGUUGACUGGACUGGAACGCACCCACCCCUUGUUCGCAGCCGUUGUCAAGGUCGUGGACCAAGUACAAUCUGAAGCCAAGUAUGCGUUUUGUCUCCCGAUUUCCAUCGCCUCCACCGCGGCGCCAUUUGCUAACCUUUCUCGUCCUCUACAGGGAAACCGGUCAACCCCGCAUCUAGAUGUGGCUCGCCCGAUGGUGCGGAUUAUUCUUUGA